CCUACCCCAUUCACUUCCCCAAUGACCUCUGUUCCGGUGUGUCCUCUAAAUUUUCCCGGGCCCAUUGACCCGAUGUAUUCUCAGGCGUUCCAAAAUUUCGGACAGUUUAAGUCUAUGUUCCAACAGCCGGGAGGAUUUUCUCCUUUCAUCCCUGGAUUAUACCCACCGUCAUUCCCACAAACUAACAUCGUCCGGCCAGUCGUCCCAAAAAAUCUGGUCGGGGAGAUGGACAAGGUUGGUCCAUCCCGGUCCAGAAGGAGUCGGUCCCGGAGAUCGCACACCCAGGUCACACCAGAUGGCGAUGUGCGAUCAGUCCACAGCAAGGAUGAGGACUGGGAUGUACCCCAAGCCCAAAAGAAGCUGAAGGGUAAGGCAAAGUUGGAGGUCCCAAAAUUCACCGGGAAGGAGGACUCGGAGAUACACGUCAAAACCCUCCACCAAAGUGGGAGAAUGAUGGGUCUUUCUGGAGACGAGAAAUGUUUACUUUUCUUCCAAACCCUCCGCGGCUGGGCCGCUGAGUGGUUUCACAACCUCCCGGCCGGUGAGAUUGACUCUUUUAAUGAAUUGGCCGAGGUGUUCCAGGAAAAGUUUAAGGAGAACUGUACUAAGAGGAAAAAGUUUACCUACUUGAGUACGGUCGGGCAGAGGAAACACGAAGAUCUGACCAAGUUCCUUAUCCGGUGGAAGGACGAAGUAGACAAGGUGGAAGAGAUGGACGACAAGACAGCAAUGUCCCUCCUGGUCUCCGGGCUUUGUUCCGGAGAGUUGUACAAAGAAUUCUGCCGGAGACCUCCCCAGUCUUACCAAGAGGCCUACAACACGGCCUGGGAUUACGCCGACGCUAAAGCACAGGUUUCCUCCAGAAGGGAAGCCGAACAAGGCCACUCCAAGGGAAGGAUUUCCUUGAAAAAGGAAAUUGAAUUGCCCGGCAGGGUAAAAGCAGAUGUCCUAGAGGUGAAGUCGGCCAAGGUGGAGAAGAAGCCAGCCGGGGAGAAGCAGGAUCUUGAUCCAGAGUAUCUAGCUCAGGCGAAACAAAAGAAAAACCAAUGGGUCCGGCCUGAAGGACAACCGGUCGAGCAGAACAAGAAGAAGAAAGCAGCUGGUAAGGAGCAUUUGCAAGUCAUUUAUGGUGGACCGGAAGGGGGAGAUUCUGCUUCCCAAAGAAAGAAGUGGGGACGGCAACUCUACGUUGGCACAAUUGCCUCAGGUCCCCGGCCAAAGCAGACCAGAUGGGAUCCGAUCACUUUCACGGAUCGAGAUCUUCCCGCCACUGGGGAAGAUCACAAUGACCCCUUGGUCAUAACCAUGGAUAUGGGUGGAGUCGAUGUCUCCCGGGUACUUGUUGACACGGGCAGUAGUGUCAAUGUUUUGUACUUGGACGCCUUUGAGAAACUCAAGCUGUGUCUAACACGGCUUGAGCCCUUAAAGACUCCCUUGUCCGGGUUCACCGGGGAUUCCGUUGAAGCUGAGGGUUCAAUCCUCUUAACUUGCGAGUUGGGCACGCGAGAUAAGGUCAUCCAAAAGCAGAUGAGGUUCGUAGUGGUGAACAUCGAAUGUGUUCACAAUGCCAUCUUGGGCCGGCCUGGAAUAAACAAGGUUCGAGGAAUCAUCUCCAUGGCUCACCUCUGCAUGAAGUUCUAUACGCCGGGCGGUAUAGGACAAGUCAGAGGGGAUCAGAAGAAGGCCUGGUCUUGUUACCUUGAGGCCGUAAAGAAAAUGACAAAGGCGUUCGAAAGGGUUACCCUGGGCCAAGCACUGGCCGACUUCGUGGUGGAACUGACCGGUCUGGAGCCUGAAGCUAGACCUUCCCAUACGGUCAAACCGUGGUGGGACAUGGCCGUUGAUGGGGCAUCUAGACCAAAAGGCUGCGGGGCCGGUAUAGUCUUUACUACUCCAGAAGGGUUCAAAAUCUACCAUGCCUUGGUUUUUAACUUUAAGCUUACCAACAACGAAGCGGAGUAUGAGGCAUUGGCCGGUGGGCUCAGAUUAGCCCGGGCGCUCGGGAUCAAGAGAAUGAAGAUCCGGUCUGAUUCAAGCCUGGUUGUCGGCCAGGUUAAUGGCAAGAUGGAAGUCAAAGAAGAACGUUUGGCCCGGUACAGUGACCUGGUCCGAGCUCUUUUGAGAGAAUUGGAAGAGUUUCGUCUGACCAGGAUACCCAGCAAGGUCAGACCUGAUGCUGAUAUGCUUUCCAAGUUGAUGCAAGCUUGCCCGGAGCAUGUAUCAAAGUUGGCCAAAAUUGAAAUAUUGGACCAACCUAGCACUGACCGGUUGGAGGUUGCAGCCGUCCAGCAAGGUCAGAGCUCAGCCACCGGGGUGAUUGAGGCGGAUGAUGACUGGAGAUACAAUCUCAUGGAGUACUUAAUGACUGGCCAGAAACCGGACGACGAAGAACGAGCCAGGAAGUUAGUCUUGACAUGCCAAGUCUUUUACAAACAUCCCGGGAGACCGGCUACAUAUUACCAACCAACCUCUAAUGUCAUACCCUUUGCCCGGUUUGGGAUUGACAUUAUUGGGGCAUUCCCGGUUGCACAAGGCGGGAAGAAGUUCGUGAUGGUCGCCAUAGAUUAUUUCACCAAGUGGAUAGAGGCCGAGGCGAUGGCCACUAUAACCGUGCGACAGUGUGAAAAAUUUGUGUGGAAGAACAUUGUUACCCGGUUUGGGGCCCCAAAGAUGAUUGUCACUGAUAACGGCCCACAGUUUCGCAACCCCUGGUUCACUGCGUACUUGGCCAGCUUUGGAAUCAAGCAUAACAAGGCGUCAGUAGCAUAUCCACAAGGAAAUGGCCAAGUUGAAAAUGCUAACCGAACAAUAGUGGACGGGCUGAAGAAGAGGUUGGGUGAAGAAGGGCGCAAGUGGUUGGAAGCACUACCUCAUACAAUCUGGGCGCACAGGGUGACAUCAAGAAGAGCAACCGGGGAGACUCCUUUUGUGCUCACUUAUGGAUGUGAAGCCCGGUUGCCAAUCGAGGUAGAAUUUCCAACAUUUAAAGAAACCGUGUAUCAGCCCGGGUAGAACGAGGCCGAUCACCUAGCUGAAUUGAAUCUGGUAGAAGAACGAAGAACAAUGGCAGCCGUCAAAAUGGCCGGUUAUCAGCAGUCAGUAAAGAGAUAUCAUGACAACCGGGUGGGUCCAUGUUACUUCCAGGUACAUGAUGAAGUCUUGCAAAGAAGGGAUGCUUGUAAACCCAACGAAAGAGGGAAGCUAGUACACAACUCGGAAGGACCAUAUCGCAUUAGGGCGAUCAU